AUGAUUGUUGACAAAAGAGAACGCGUACGAGUAUCAGUACGGUGCAGCGCGUACAAAGCGCGUACUACCGCGCCGAUUGAGUCCGACUCAACUUUGGAGUCUUCUAUAUGCCGCAAGGGCAAACCAAUACACCUCAACCUCACCGAUUUGGGCAGGCCGAAGUCGGUCAAGAAGCCAGUACAAAAGGCCGGCGCCAUCGACAAGUUCCUCCAGCCUAUCCCUCCUCGUCCUCGCACGGAUGCAGGCCACCAGCGCAUGGAGGACAGUGAUAAAGAGGAGGACAGUUCUGAUCGUAUUAUUGCCUUGCAUGAGGACCAGGACCAAGCAUUUGUCCAGUCGUAUGAGCGGUUCACCCGCCAAAUGUUGCGCAACCGCAACGACGACGAGGAGGAUGGGGGAGCGGAGAGUGAUGUCGAAGGGGAGACCGUCGUCGCGAAAGGGAUGAGUGAGGAGGAGUACGACCAGAAGGUCCUCCGCCCUCAGCUCGCAACUCUAGAUGAGAUGCAGGACCUCUUGGACACAGGCUAUCGGGAAGGCAAUCAGAAGGAGGGGACACGGUGGGGUCGUGUGGAGACAGCGGAUUCCAAGUGGUCCAAAGCGAACAUGGAGAGGCAGAACGUCACCAGUGAGCCUCCCAUCUCGCCUCGCCAUCUCAGUACAGAGCAUCGCAAGAACAAAGACGCGCGGAAGGACAGGAAUGUCCACGUUCCCGGGGGGCUCAGUGCUUUCGUUGGCGCGGCGCCUCCUGCCCCUGUACCCCAGAAGAAGCGAGGAAGGCCCCCUAAGGCUAAAGGACCGAGCGAGGCUGAGCCAGUGCCCAAGAAGAAGCGUGGACGGCCUCGCAAGAAUCCCAUUCGAGAAGACCCCUCGCUCUCGGUGCCCUCUGCUGCUUCCUCCUCCGCGCUUGGCGUUCCAUCCAGCUCUCUCGCCCCCUCGUCUCCAUCCCAGCCUGUCUCCACGUCUCCCCACCCCACAUCACAUGACGUUGCGUCGCCGCUUGACCCCAAUCUUGAGCAAGGCAGUGACUCCAAAGAGGGGUUACCAGGCUUCGAGUACGAGGGCAGAGGCUUGGAGUACGUGGUUGGGGAUGACUUCGAGGACGAUCUUUUCGAAGGCGAUGAUCUUAAUGAGAACCGCGAGGAGGUGCCAGAGAAGAACCCUCGCAUCAGGAGGCCUCUAGCCGAGCUUGUCAAGGAAAUUGACGAGAUCUACGAGCAGCGGGUCAUCGCAGACAAGGUCCAGCCGCGCUUGACGUCUGAGCAUAAACAAGCGUACGUUCAGCUCAAGUACAUGCCCGGGUUUAUGAGGACGUUGAAGAUUGGGCGAUUGGCUGCAAGCCAUCUUGUCGCAGAAGGGAGCAUGGAGGGGGACGACAGUAGCGUCUGUGAGGCCCGUCGAAUCCGCGCCCACCUGGCUGACUACGAGCGCUUGGGCCACCUAGAGUUGGUGCAGGGUUCUUGA